GACGACUUCCGAAAUAUGUCAUAUAACUUGACGGACAGACGUCGGGUGAAGUUAGUCAGAGAGUUGCUGUCGACGUAAGCUAAACAUGGAUGCUUUGAGCUUCAGAGACUGUGAGGCUUGGAGGGCUGAGGGUCUUCCAUUGUCCACCAGCAGUAAUGAAGCCUGCAAACUUUAUGACGCUAUUCUCACUCAGUAUGCGACCUGGCGCAACAUUGAAAGCAUCGGAGGACUAGAGGGAUGCUUUUCAGCUAUCAAGGCGGCUGAUCCUAAUUUUGUGAUGGGGCAUGUGAUGAGCACCGGUUUGGAGCUGGUGGGAACGGCCACCUCCCCCCGCCUGAAUCAACGCCUGGCCAGCGCUGUGAAGAAGACUGUGGAGUUGGCCAACUGUCAAAACAUCACGCAGCGAGAGAGGCUCCACGUCAAGGCCAUGGAGUUCUUCUCACAUGGGAAUUUUCCCAAGGCGUGUGAUGUUUGGGAAGAUAUCCUGGUUGAUCAUCCCACAGACUUGCUUGCCCUCAAGUUUGCCCAUGAUGGCUACUUCUACAUGGGAGCCCAAACCCAGAUGAGGGACUCGAUUGCCCGAGUGCUACCUCACUGGAAGCCACACAUCCCUUUGUCCAGCUAUCUGAAAGGAAUGUAUUCCUUUGGUCUGCUGGAGACCCGAUUCUAUGACCAGGCUGAGAGAGUAGGAAUGGAGGGCCUUGCUCUGGUUCCAGAUGAUGCAUGGUCCGUCCAUUCUGUCGCCCAUGUCUAUGAGAUGAAAGCAGAGGUGGACAAGGGCUUGAAGUUCAUGGAGAGCAGAGAGAAAGACUGGCAGGUAUCCGAUAUGCUGGCCAGUCACAACUAUUGGCACUGGGCACUGUACUUCAUCGAGAAGGGGCAAUAUGAGGCUGCACUGCAAAUGUUUGAUUCUGAGAUUUUCAAACGUUGUAAAGCCACAGGAUCCAUGUUGGACAUGGUCGACGCCAGCUCACUGCUCAGCAGAUUGGAAAUGGAGGGUGUGUCUGUGAAGGACCGCUGGCGGGAGCUGCUCCAGGUUACACUGCCGCACACCGAUGAUCACGUGACCCUAUUUAAUGACCUCCACUUCCUCAUGGUGUCCCUGGGAGCCAAAGAGACUGGUGCUUCUCAGCGUCUGCUGGAAGGCCUCCAGGAAUUGGCUAAGACGCCUGGCGACAAUUACCAGCAUGAGCUGGCAGGACCUGUAGGUGUGCCCGUGUGUCAGGCCUUGAUGGAAUAUGAAGGAGGGAAUUACGGUCAAGCUGUGGAGUUAAUGUACCCCGUACGCUACCGUAUGGUGGAGAUGGGGGGCAGCGACGCUCAGAGAGACGUCUUCAAUCAACUGCUUAUUCAUGCAGCCUUGAAAUCGGAGAAUAAGCGCCACCAGAGACUUGGAAGAUGCCUUCUGGUGGAGCGUGAAGCAAUGAGGCCAAACUCCCCUCUGACCGAUCGCCUGAUGCAGACAGCCAUGGCUGUUCACAGCUAGACUGAUUGCAAGGUGCGCAAAGCACCAUCCUUAUCUGAUGUUCCGCUGUGUGCUGUUCAGGCACCCUUGGACCAGCUAGGGUCGUAAUACAGCCUUGUCAAAAUGCUAAAACAUGCAUGAAGCCUGAAAAGUUUGCUAGAUAAACACCGAUACUGUGAUUUUUCAACAAGAUACAUUUAAUGCCUUUAAAAGGAAGAGUUCCAAUCCGUGCAUCAUUCGUUCAUUUGUUUUUCAUGAGGACCAGGCAGCUCUUUAUUUGACAGGAGCCAAUCAUGAGCGAUGAAAAAACUAGCUUGUCAACACAAUGGAAGUUGAUCAUUACUAUAUAGCAGUCUGACUCAUCUGACUUUCAUACAUUCAUACAAACAACAUUGAACUCAUCACACAGCAACUUAACACUCAAACGAUACCUUGGAAAUAUACAUUACGUGUACCAAUACGAGUUUAAAAUAAUAAAAUAACCGCAGUUAUUUUAAGAUCUACCCAUAAUGCAUUACUGCCAGAAGAGCAGAUCAUUGGAGGACAAGCAAUAUGGAUGGAUGGCACUGCAAUGCUGCUUGUGUCCACCAGAGGGAGCCAGACUUUUUUGUAGCUCCCCAAUGAAUGCGUUGCUCAGACGUAAUGCCUGUUGGGAAAACUGUGCCCUUUUAAUAUCAAAUGUAUUUGAUUUUAAAUCUGAUAUUCAUCCAACUGUAAUUAAUUGUAACAAGUCGAUCAGCAGAAUGCUUGCAUUAUUAAAAAUAUUGUAAUGA